AGUUUAGUUUUUGCUCACUCUAACUUAUCAGAUUAAAGAAGGAGGGCCAAAUGUUGCGAUAACACUACUAAAUUUCAUAAUGGCAGUAGCAUUCUCACAAUCGGACGCAAGGAUAACAAUGCAAAAGUGGGACACAUAAAUUGGUCAGGAACACAGACGACGUGACGGAUAAGGGACGUGUGUGACAUUUGUUAAUUUUUUUAUUGCGUUUUUAUUGGACCGGGCAAAGGGGCGUGAGAAGCAAUGAGCAAGCUUUUUGGGUCCAAGAAAAGUGAAUUUGAGAAUGAUGCUUUAGAAAUACAUAAUGAAUACAGACGAGAACAUGGUGUACCUCCGCUAGUUAUUAAUAAAGAAAUUAGUAAAGUAAGUCAAAAGUGGGCUGAUGAGUUAGCCAAAAAAGAUGCAAUGGCAUACAGUCUGAAUAAAAACUACGGAGAAAAUGUAUACUGUGGAUGGUCACCAGAUCCAAAUGUAAAAAUUAAAGCUCGAGACUGUCUCGAUAAAUGGUAUAGUGAAAUAAAUAAAUUUUCAUUUGGAAGAGAACCAGAAGUGCUCACUUGUGGUCACUUCACACAAAUCAUUUGGAAAGAUACACGAGAGUUAGGAAUAGGGACUGCUAAAAGUAAAUCGGGCAAAUUGUAUGUUGUUGCUAAUUAUUUUCCACCAGGAAAUUAUAGUGGACAGUUUGUAAAAAAUGUUUUGCCUCCUGGAGCGUUGCAAUUUAGAUCCAGCUUCAGCAGUGUCAAGUCUUACCAUCAACAAACGAAUACGACAUCAUCACCAUCACCAAGCCAAAGAAGCAGCAAAAAUUUCACCGAGAUCGCAACUGAAUUAGUAACGAAAUUUAGAUCAACGUCAAUAAUCGGUGAAAAAUUUGAAGACGAAUUCUUAAGAGCACACAAUGAAUACCGCAGAAAACAUGCUGUCCCUCCUCUUGAACUUAACAAGAAGCUUAGCAAAUAUGCUGAAGAAUGGGCUAAGAAACUUUUGAAACUUGGACGAGUGGAACACAGAGAUCAGAAUGAAUAUGGCGAAAACAUAUUUUAUGCUUGGUCUUCGGAUCCAAAUUUCACUGUUUAUGGACGAGAUCCUGUAGACAAAUGGUAUAACGAAAUAAACUUACAUGCGUUUGGUAGGGAACCCAAUGACUUGAAGUCGGGACACUUUUCACAAGUGAUUUGGGAAGAUAGCAAGGAACUUGGAGUAGGUGUGGCUAAAUCAAAAGAAGGGCAAGUGUAUGUUGUUGCUAAUUACUACCCACCCGGUAACGUAAUGGGUAGUUUUGCAAAAAAAGUUAAACCACCGAUUAAUUGAUAUUACAUUUUUUUUUUCAAGUUGUACCAAAGACUUUGUAACCAUUCCAAAAAUUGUUUUCUAGCAUUUA